AUCCUUUUUCACUCGCGUCAACGGAAUCCCGCAGUGCGUCAUCCAAUGACAGUUCAGCCAACGACGGGCUCCGAUUGGCUGGAGGCGAGAAAUCUCCUCGCCUACCGCCCGCCCUUGUUUGGAAACCUGUAACUGACGUCAUGGGCAGUGUGGAGCUGCCGGUAUAAAGUCGCAGAGAGCGGAACGCGGCGGCGCUCCACGGUUAGAGAACAGUGAAGCUGACAGACUCGGUUCAGACACUGACACCCGGCGCUGAGAGUCUUGCAGCCAUGACUUGUGUUCACCCCCAACAUGGAUCUCAGCUCUACGACAACAGCCUGGGCAGCUCGGAGCCCCCCAGCACAGACCUCAUAUCUAGACUGUCAGUUGAUAAACAUGACCACGUCUUCACCCCCGCCCUGCCCAGCAUCAGCUCUCUGGUGGGCGGUCAGGGGGAGGACAGUGACGCAUACUCUUGCCAGUUCACCGCAGCCCCCGCCCACGUUCCUCCACCAUCAGGCCAGGAGGCCGCCCUCACGCUUGAUGCUGUGCAGGUUUAUGGCUGCUACCCUGGUCCACUGAUGCUGGGCUACUCCGAGGAGCUGAUGUCCCCCUGUGGCUCCGAAUAUUUCGGCAGCUCCACAUCGACCUCGGCUCCUUCAACCCCCGGGUUCCAGAGCCAGCACGCGUCCUCCUGGGACUUGGCCUUUGGUCCGUACUCCCCCAGCCCAGGAUACUGGUCUGCCGAGGACACGCUGGUGCCACACACCCCGUCUUUCUUCACAUUUGGCCCAGGAUCUCUGGAGGACGUGGGUCAAACACCGCUGCGAGACCAGGAGCCUUUCACGCUGGCCCACCCUCACUCUUCUGCGCCGACCUUCUCUGCUCUGUCAGUGGAUCAGGGCUGCAGCCUGGAGGACACGGACCAGGCUGACGAAAGCUUAUCGCCCAAGUUGAAGAGCCCAGGUGGAAGCGAGGGCUGCUGCGCCGUGUGUGGAGACAACGCAUCCUGUCAGCACUACGGGGUUCGCACCUGUGAGGGAUGCAAGGGCUUCUUCAAGCGCACGGUGCAGAAAAACUCCAAGUAUGUCUGCCUGGCCAAUAAGGACUGUCCCGUGGACAAGAGAAGACGAAACCGCUGCCAGUUCUGCCGUUUCCAGAAGUGUCUUGCUGUAGGCAUGGUCAGGGAAGUUGUGAGAACAGACAGUCUGAAAGGACGUCGAGGCCGUCUGCCCUCCAAGCCUAAAUCAGUGAAGGAGGUGACGGCGGUCAUGUCUCCCGUCAGCAUGAUCGCCUCCCUGGUCAGAGCGCACAUCGACUCAAACCCAGACAUUGGAAAACUGGAUUACUCCAAGUACAAUGAUUCAGUCAUCAGUCAGAAGCAGAAGGAGGAUGAGAGUGACAUCAAACAGUUUUAUCACCUUCUCACGACCUCCAUGGAAGUUAUCCAGAAAUGGUCGCAGAGCAUCCCGGGUUUCAGUGACUUCUGCUCAGAAGACCAGGAUCUGCUGCUGGAGUCUGCCUUCGUGGAGCUCUUCAGCCUGCGCCUGGCGUAUCGGUCCAGUCCUGAAACAGACAAGCUCAUCUUCUGCAACGGGUCAGUGCUUCACAAACACCAGUGCGUCCGAGGUUUUGGGGAUUGGAUCGACUCCAUCUUGGAGUUCUCUCGAAGUCUGCACCGCAUGAAGCUUGAUGUUUCGUCCUUCUCCUGUCUCACAGCUCUGGUCAUCAUCACAGAUAGACACGGCCUGAAGGAGUCCAGGCGUGUUGAGGAUUUGCAGAAUCAGCUCAUCACCUGCCUCAAGGACCACGUCUCUGGCUGCGGCUCCGACUCUUUGAGACCCAACUAUCUGUCUCGGCUUCUGGGGAAGCUCCCUGAGCUCAGGACUCUGUGCACUCAGGGUCUCCAGCGGAUCUUCUACCUUAAACUGGAAGACUUGGUUCCCCCGCCACCGAUCGUGGAAAAAAUAUUCAUGGGUUCCCUGCCGUUCUAAGACCGACAGGAGCAAUUCCUCCAUCUGGUGUUGGGUGUUUUUGUGCCACCGGGGGUAGCAGACUGACUGUACUUUACAUUGAGUGGAGUGUCAGUGCAACAGACCCCUGUGGGAUUACCCAGUGGUGCAGAGAUCUGAGAGCGCCUCUACAGGACAGUGGUGCGAAUGACGAUCUCAUUUAAUGUGUUUCUAAGAAAAACAGGAACUCGUUAUUUAGAACCAGAAGGGCCAGAUCAUGGACCAAAUGGUGACUGUUUACAUUCAACACGGUGCCUUGAACAGAAACCUCGCUGUUUGAUGGAAGACGUUUGCACUUUUCUCAACCACAGAGCGGUUGUGACUCUGCACACGUACGUUGCAGACGUAGAGUUUUCCCUUUUUCUGGUAUCGUUUCGCGUAAUUGUAAACUGCCAUUGAAAUGAUACAUUAGUGGGAGUCCUUCACCAUGUACGGUGUUCCCUCUCUAUAUCGCGGUUCUCCUUUCGCUCCCUCAGUACUGUACAUCGGAGAUUUUUAUUUUUGAAUCCGAUCUUUCUUUUGGAGGGGCUUUUGAAAAUGAGAAGUGCAUUUACGAACGAUCGCUGGUAGCUUUGUUUAUCUAGACGAGAUUGUACACAGCAUACUAUUGGCUAAUACAAUGUGUACUCGGUGUACUAUUGGCUAAUUGAGCGUGCUCUUCUGUUCCUCAUGCUGAUUGGCUCAUGCGUCACAGCAUCUCUCAGCACCUCCCCUUUUCUGUCGGCCGCUCUCUCGUUCACUUCGCUCUGCGCCGCCGUUCUACAACUCUACUGUGAAUAUAGUUCUGUAGGGAAGUAAUACAGUGUAUGGAGGGUUGAUACCAGUGUGGGUAAAUAUAAUAUAAUAACUAUCUCGACUAAACUUUGCAAAAUUUUUUUUUCCAUUUUACGGUGGGUCUUCGUACGCAACAACUGCGAUAGGAGAGGGAUUACUGUAAUGCACUUUCAGAGAAUCUUUCCAAAGUACAUUUUAUGUAGAGUGAAAACAUGCACAUCAAUUCACUUUCAUAUAUUUUCAGUAACUGGUCAGUUUGACAGAUUACAAAUUAUUUAGCCGCAUCAUUCCUGUAUCGUGAAUAAACGGUGAGCAGCUAAAACGGUGACAUUUUAUACACUCUAUAUUCUCUUUAUACAGUCUAUUAUGAGCCUGUACUUCGACAGCUUGGUGAACCAGAUGUUUCGUCUCUGGUUCAUAGUUUUUACAUAAUACGUUUUAGUAACCGCAGUAUGACACAUUAAAAUGUGAAGCCGCUUUUCGCGUCAGCUCUUCCUGGCUGUGCUUUGAUAUUCUGGAGAAGACAGAAUAUAUGGUGCUGGACUUUCUUUUUUUUUUAACAAUAAUUAUGCAUGUUUUAUGCACGUCUGUUGUUCAGGAAAGGACGGGAAAAGAUAAGGGAAUAAUGUAGAACAACAGGAUGGGAUUAUAUAGAAUCAGAGCAAAAUAGAUAAGAUACAAUACAAAGAUCAGAUAUGCCAAGAGAAGAACACUUUUAUAUACAGUGUAUAUAUAUAAAGUAUUUCCAAACCACUUUUAUUUAGAGCUGUCGUUUCAAAGUCCCGACCCAGUGGUCACUUCCGUCCUACACACCCGCGCCUCCACGUCCAGCCUG